AUGUAGGAAGAUGAUACAAAAAGCUAAUAAAGCUAGUUAAGAAAAUUAAUAAUCAAAACUAAUAAUAUUCUUGAAAAUACUAAUUUAAAAUAGAUUAAAAAUCAAUAAUUAUUAAACAAAAAUUAUUUGAACAUAACUAAAGAUAGUAGAAUUAAAAAUCUAGAUCAUGUUUAUUUUAAUAAACCAAUUGUUGAAAAUUAAUAAUUUUGUAUUGAAUAAAAUCAAAUUGAGUAAUGUUCAUAGUAUUCAAAAUACCAAAAAUAAUAAGAUCUUAAUCUAAUUUGCUUAUAGAAAUUUAGUAAUGUUGGAGAUGAAGUAAUUGAAUAAGCUCUGAUCGAAAAGAAAUAAAACAUUUUUAGUGAUGAAUAAAUACUAAAAAACAUUAAUGCAGAUAAGAAAAGAACAUAUAAUUUGGAGAAUCUCUCUUAGGAUGGUUAAUAAAUAUAUUUUAAGCAUGAAAUGGUUACAUAAGAAUGUAAUUAAAGUAAUAAUUUAAUUGAAUCCUUAAAAAAGAGCUUCAUCUAACGCUAGCUCUCAGAGAGAACAAAAUAAAAUUGCUAUUUAUAAGAAAAAAAUAAUAUUCAAAAUUAUAUAAAAGGAUAAGAAACUUUUAAAUUAGCACCUAAAACUUUAGAGUAGAUUAAUUAAUAUAAUGGAAAGAUAUAAAUUUUAAAUAAAUAAUCUCUUAGAAUAAUUGAUCCUGGCAUAGACGUUUAGUAAAACUUUUUUAAGUAAUAUGCUAAAAAAAGUACUCCUCUCAAAAAUGUAAAAACUAAUUGCCAAACAUCUUGUGAUAGCUUUACUCUAAAAGGAAAUUAUUACUUUAAAAUUCAAUAGAAGAAUGGCUUAGAAGCAAUGCAAUAGAUGAUAGAAAACAAAUAAAAAACUCUGAGGAUAGUUUGUGGAGAAUGUAAAAAAGACAAUGAUUAGAUUUUCAAAAAAGAUAAACUUUUUUAACCAAAAAAAAUAAAUUAAAUUUCUAUUUCAUCAAAUUCGUAAUAGUUUUAAAGAUAAAUGUAAAAUCCCUAAUUGAAAUAAAUAUAAAAUCCAAUUCAUUUAAAAAGAAAUUACUCUGAAAAUUUUUAAAACAGCUUGAAGCUUAACUUGGUUAAAAGCUAAUCAGGAAAAAAUUUACUAUAGAAUUAAACAGAUAAAUCGAAAUUAUAAGAUUUAUCUUUAGUUCAUAGACAAAUAGCAAAACCAUCUGAAGGUGUUAGCUAUGAGUUCCAAUCAAGGAGUGCUUUAGAUGAAAACUGUAAAAUGAAUAUUAAAGAGGAGUAAUUAGAUUCAAAUUUAGAUCAUAAUAAAUAAUUCAACAACAAACAAAGAUUGAUUGAAAAAAUAAAAUAAAUAAACAGCAAACCUUCACACUAAGAUAUAAUAAAUAGCAGAAAGAUAUAAAUAAAAAAUUUUAAAUCAAAUAAUUUAUAUUUUUAAGAUAAAAAUUAUUUUUCAAGCAUAAGUUCCUAGCUUAAAAAUAAAGAAAUUCAUAAAGUAAACCACUCAAAUUUAGAUAAAACAAAGACUGAUAUGAAAAACUCACAUUAAAUUGAUGAAAUUUAUGGCCCAUGGGAUAUAAAUUAAUUUGACAUAGAUAGCAAUUUUUUUCCUAGUUAAGUUAGUAUCACAGAUUUAAAUGAGUUUAAAAACUAAUUUUGA